AUGAGCGCAGCUAUCCGUGUUGUGCCUAGUAGGGCAGCCAGAGCCGUCAACCUGCUCAAGACAGUUCAAUAUGCUCAUCCCCCAUCUUGUCCCUGCCACUCCAACCCAGGCUAUCACCAGUCCCAAACCCGAUCAGUCGUGUCCCGCUACAAUGACCGGAACUCCCAGUCCCAGUCCCAGCGACGCAGCUAUGCCACUCCCCAAGAUACCUCCCAACUGAAGGAGUACGCCUUCGAGAUGGCCGCCUCAUCCAUCCGUUUCGGCCCGGGCGUCACUCAAGAAGUCGGCAUGGACAUCGCCAACCUUAACAUCGGGUCCGGCACAGUCGCCGUGGUCACCGACUCAACCGUCGAACAGCUCGACGCCAUGCGCCAAGUCCGCGAGUCUCUCGACCGGGAGGGGAUCAAGUACAAGAUCUUUAACAAAGUGCAAGUCGAGCCCAAAGACUACAGCGUCAAAGCCGCCAUCGACUGGGCCCGCACCAGUGGGGACUACUCGGUCUACCUGGCCGUGGGAGGCGGCUCCGUCAUCGACACCGCCAAGCUGAUGAACCUGUACUCGGUCUACAAAGACGCCGACUUUAUGGACUUUGUCAACGCACCUCUCGGAAAGGGGCGUCCGGUGGACAGAAAGUUACACCCCCUCAUCGCCAUCCCUACCACCGCCGGAACAGGCUCCGAGACAACGGGAACGGCCAUCUUCGACCUAGUAGCCAAGAAAUCCAAGACAGGAAUCGCGCACCGUAACCUCAAGCCUACGCUGGGGAUCUGCGACCCGUUGAACACGCGCACGAUGCCAUCCGCUGUGAAGGCCAGUAGCGGGUUGGAUGUGCUGUGUCAUGCGCUGGAGAGUUACACGGCUAUUCCGUUUAAUGAGCGGACGCCGAGGCCGACGAACCCCAUUCUCAGACCGGCUUAUCAGGGCGCUAAUCCCAUUAGCGAUAUUUUCUCGCUGAACGCCUUGAGGCAGACGGUCAAGUAUUUGCCACGGUCGGUGAAGGAUCCGGAAGAUGCGGAGGCGCAGAGCGAGAUGUUGCUUGCUGCUACGCUUGCGGGUGUAGGGUUUGGGAAUGCGGGGGUGCAUUUGUGUCAUGGCAUGUCCUACCCCAUCUCCUCGCAAAACAUCGCCUCCUACAAACACGCCGGCUACGACGUCCCCCACCCCAUCAUCCCCCACGGCGUCUCCGUGGCCGUCACCGCCCCCGCCGUCUUCCGCUUCACCGCAGCUUCUAACCCGGACCGUCACCUGGCCGCCGCCGAGGCCUUUGGAGUUGACAUCUCCAAUGUCAAGCGCGAGAGCGCCGGUGAGGUUUUGGCUGAGGCCAUCGCCAAGUUCCUCGCUGACUUGGGUGAUCAACCCGCUGGUCUGAAGGCCCUCGGUUUCGGAAGGGAACAUGUCGAGCAGCUGGUCGAGGGAACGAUCCCGCAAGCGAGAGUGUUGAUGUUGGCGCCGGGGUUGGCGAAGGAGUUGCAGGCGGAGAGGGAGCAGUUGGGACGGCUGUUUGAGAGUGCUUUGGAGCAUUAG